AUGGAGGUUUUGGAUAAUGGUUAUGAGUGCUUGUCUCUACAAGAAUCUGCAGAAGUCAAAAAAGCUAUUAAAGAUGCUGUUACUAAGAUGCAUAAUGCAGGAUUUGUGCAUGGUGAUUUGAGGCAUCUAAACAUCCUCCGUCGAGUAAGAAAGGACAGUGAUGAUAACAACACUCAAAUAGAUAUUAAGAUUGUAGAUUAUGAUUGGGCUGGAAGAAUUGAACAUGAAACAACAGUCUAUCCCUCAUUUCUUAAUCCUGGAAUUAGAAGACAUCCUGGUGUUCGUUCUGGAUGCCAGAUUCAAUUUGAGCAUGAUGAUUUUAUGAUUGCUCUCUUGACAAUGUAG